CUUAUAUAUAAUGGGAGGGGAAAACAGUAAAGGAGCAGGCCCGUUUCCCUCCUCCUCGUGCAGGUCGUUUCAAAUUCCCCCAAUCCUCAAAUCGCUUUGUUGGCUGUCCGUUUGUUUCCUUCCCCCGAAUGCCCCAAAUCGCUUAUUUGUUGGCCGCUUGCAUCCCCAAAUAGUACCGGCGUCGUCUUGGAUCUCACUCUAGUAACGUACUACGCUUUAAGGUCUCUUUAUUAUACAUAUACGUGGAUGUGGAUUACAGCCAGGGGUUGUUGCCAUGGGCGUGCGCGGCGGUUUCUGGAAGGCGCUGCAGCCGUACGCGCGGCAGGAGGGCAUGGGGUAUCUCCGCGGCCGCCGCGUCGCCGUCGACCUCUCCUCGUGGAUCGUCUCCGCCAUGAGCACCAAGUCGCCCACCCGCCGCAACAUCUUCUUCCGCACGCUCUCCCUCUUCUCCAAGGUGGGGGCGUUCCCGGUGUUCGUGGUGGACGGCAUGCCGUCGCCGCUCAAGGCCAAGGCCACAAGUGAGGCCUUCACGCGAUGUGUCCACGAGUGUGUGCAACUGCUUGGGCAUAUGAGAAUGCCGAUACUCCGGGCAAAGGGCGAGGCCGAAGCACUGUGCGCUCAGUUGAAUCGUGAGGGCAAGGUGGACGCCUGCAUUACCUCUGACAGUGACGCCUUCCUCUGCGGAGCCACCACGGUGAUCAAAGUGUUCCGGUCCGCUAAGGAACCUUUGAGUGCUACAACAUAG